AUGGCAGCCCCCGUUAUCUGGCUGUUUAUUGGGCCUGUCCUGUGGUUCAGGGGGAAAGGACCAAGCUGGGAGUUGAUCUGCAAUUUCAAAGAACCAUAUCCUCCCCGUGUCACACCAGUUGCAGAUACAACACAGAGAGAAAACAGGGACUUUUCUAUCCGCAUCCAGAAUGUCACCCCAGCAGACGCGGGCACCUACUAUUGUGUGAAGUUCGAGAAGACUGCCUCUGGGGACAAGGAGGUUAAAUCUGGAUCAGGCACUGAGCUGUCUGUGAGUGCCAGACCUUCUGCUCCCGUGGUUACAGGCCCUAUGGCCAGGGCCACACCUGGGCAGACAGUGAAUUUCCACUGCAAGUACCACAGCUUCUCCCCCCGGAACGUCAACCUGAGAUGGUUUAAAAACGAGAAGCAGCUCUCCAACUCCCGCAUCAGCCUGGACCCCAAGGGAGAGAACGCCUUCUACAGUGUCUCCAGCACAGCCAGGGUGCAGCUGGCCCUCGAGGACAUCUACUCUAAGAUCAUCUGCCAGGUGGCCCAUGUCACCUUGCCCGGUGGCCCUCUUUGUGGGACUGUCAACUUGUCUGACGCCAUCCGAGUGCCGCCCACCCUGGAGGUCAGCCAGCAGCCCACCAUGGCAGGGAACCAGGUGAAUGUCACCUGCCUGGCGUCCAACUUCUACCCCUCGAGCCUGCGGCUGAGCUGGAUGGAGAAUGGAAACGUGUCACGGGCUGAAACGGGCUGGGCCCACACCGAGAACAAGGAUGGGACGUACAACCACACGAGCUGGCUGCUGGUGAACACCUCUGCGCACAGAGAGAGUGUGGUGCUCACCUGCCAGGCGGAGCAUGAGGGCCAGCCCGCCGUCACUGCCAACCUCACCCUGGAGGAGGAGCAGGCGGGCGACACAGCCCCUGAUGUCAUGUGCUUUAAUCCUGCUCUGCUCCUCAUAGUUCUGCUCCUCAACAACAAGGUGCUGCUGGCAUUUGGAGUCUCUGCCAUCUACAUCCACAGGAAGCAGAUGCUGACUGGAGGCCAACUUUUGCAGUUAUGUCUACUACACAAGGAGUGCACCCAAGGGAUCAGUGCAGAUGUGGAAACUAAAGCAGAGAGUAGCACUUGUCCACUGUCACCUCCCUUGGUCAAUGGGAAUGCUGAGACUGAAAUCUAG